CCAAGAGGCAAACCAAGAGGAGGACGCAGCAGCCCAUGAAAUCCUGACAGUCAUGUCCCUCGGGUCAGACGUAUUCAGGGAUGUGGCCGUAGUCUUCUCCCAAGAAGAAUGGGAAUGGCUGGCACCCACUCAGAGGGAUUUGUACAGAGACGUGAUGUUGGAGAUCUAUAGCAACCUGGUCUCACUGGGUCUUGCCAUUUCCAAACCUGAUGUGAUCUCCUUCCUGGAGCAAGGCAAAGAGCCCUGGAUGGUGGAGGAAGUGGCGACAGGAGGCUUGUGCCCAGUGCUGAAGUCCAGGUACGAUACUAAGGUAUUCUCUCCAAAGCGGCAGAGUUUCGAAGUACAGUCACCCCCGUGGGAGAUAACGGAAAGCCUUACCAGCUACAGUCUUGAGUGCUCAAGAUUCCAAGAUGACUGGGAAUGCAGAAGUCAUUCUGACAGGGACGAGGGAAAUCCAGAUGGACAUCUGAGUCAAAUGAUAGUCGAGAAUGAAGAAAUACCCACUUUUGACCAGCCAGCACCCCUUACUUUUUAUCAGGAAAUUCAUACCGGAGAAGAACCCUAUGGAUAUAACGAAUGUACAAAAGACUUCUGGCAAGAGGACUUCCUUAUUAAUCAUCAGGGGAUUCAGACUAAUGAGAAGCCCUAUAAAUGCAAGGAAUGUGGGAAGGCCUUUAAAUACGGUUCACGACUGAUUCAGCAUGAGAAUAUUCAUUCUGGCAAGAAACCAUAUGAGUGUAAGGAAUGUGGAAAGGCCUUCAAUUCUGGUUCAAAUUUCAUACAACAUCAGCGAGUUCAUACUGGUGAGAAACCUUAUGAAUGUAAGGAUUGUGCAAAGGCCUUUAGUCGAAGCUCACAGCUGAUUGAACAUCAACGAAUUCAUACUGGUGAGAAACCCUAUCAGUGUAAGGAGUGUGGCAAGGCUUUCAAUCGGAUCUCGCAUCUUAAAGUGCAUUAUAGAAUUCAUACUGGCGAAAAACCCUAUGCAUGCAAGGAAUGUGGGAAAGCCUUUAGUCAUCGUUCUCAGCUGAUUCAACAUCAGACUAUUCACACUGGCAAGAAACUCUAUGAGUGUAAAGAAUGUGGGAAGGCCUUUAAUCAAGGCUCAACUCUUAUUCGACAUCAGAGAAUUCAUACCGGUGAGAAACCCUAUGAAUGUAAGGCAUGUGGGAAGGCCUUUAGGGUGAGCUCACAACUUAAGCAACAUCAGAGAAUUCACACAGGAGAGAAACCCUACCAAUGUAAGGUAUGUGGUAGGGCUUUCAAACGGGUCUCCCAUCUUACUGUACAUUACAGAAUUCAUACAGGUGAGAAGCCAUAUGAAUGCAGGGAAUGUGGGAAAGCCUUCAGCCACUGCUCACAACUGAUUCAACAUCAGAGAACUCAUAGUGGGGAAAGAUCCUAUGAAUGUGAAGAAUGUGGAAAGGCCUUUGGAAAAGCUUUUAGUUACUUAUCAUUGAUUACUAAACAUCAGAGAAUUCAUACUGGAGAAAAGCCCCAUGUCUGUAAGGAAUGUGGAAAGGCCUUUAGUGGUACCACACAGCUUAAUGAACACCAAAGAAUCCACAGUGGUGAGAAGUCAUAUAUAUGUAAUGAAUAUGGAAAGGCCUUCGGCCAUCGUUCACAUCUUCCUCAACAUCAGAGGAUCCAAACUGGUGAGAAACCCUAAAAAUGUAAUGAAUGUGGGAAGGCCUUUAGGCAGGGCUCACAGCUUAAACUACGUCAGAUAAUCCACACUGCCCAAGCCAAAGACCCAGACGCCCGGCCCGCACAGCGCCGAGUGCCCGGGCCGCCCUCCCCCGAGCGGCUGCGAACAGCGGCCGCCGCCGCGCUGCCAACAUGGAACCCUAACCUGAGAACGCACCGCUAG